AUGACGGUAUUAUUCUUCAAACCCGUCGUUGUUAUCCUCCUCCUCUCCCUCCUCGCCUCCGUCACUUCGACCCCAACAGCCGAACGUCGAGCGCUCAAAUACCCAAGACUGAAUCCCGCACCGGAUUCAAUCAGCAACAAGACUUACCCUCCUCGUCCUCACGAACUUCCGCCUUUCGAUCCUUUGAAACCAAAGGGCGGUGUCUCAUUCACCAACACCAAAUGGAUCAAGACAUUUGACAGAAAAUUCAGUAAGUUGAUCUGGGCAUACAACUGGGACUCCGCUGUUCCAGAUGGAAUGCCUGAUGGAAUCGAGUAUACACCUAUGCUUUGGGGUGCAGGACCUCAGCACACCACCAAUUGGAAAGUGAACGCUCAAAACGCUAUCAACCGCGGCGCAGACUACAUCCUUGGCUUCAACGAACCAGACGUCUGCGGUUCAGGCACGAGCUGUAUCUCCCCAAAAGCAGCCGCAGACGCAUGGCGAACGCACAUCCAACCGUUCCGCGACCAAGCAUGGCUCGGUAGUCCCGCUAUCACUGCUGGUGGCAAAGAAUGGUUGAAGUCGUUCCUGAUCGAGUGUUCGGAUUGUGAUAUUGAUUUUGUGAAUCUGCAUUGGUAUGAUAAUCAGUGUGCGUGGGGUUGGUUUGAGACGUACAUGCAGUCGAUUAAGGAUGUUAUUGGGAAUAGAACGAUUUGGGUUACUGAGUUCAACGCGGGAGCUUUCACUCAACCAAAGGCAACUGAGGACCAGCAAAUCACUUUCCUUAAGAAUGUCAUUCCGUGGAUGGAUAAGACUGACUGGAUCGAACGAUAUGCUUGGUUCAUGGCAGAGCCCAAUUUCGAUGGCGGAUCGCUUACCUCCUCGAAUGGCCAACCAACUAAACUUGGUCAGUAUUACGCAUUCACUCAGCAAUGA